AGCGGAGGCCGGCGAUACUCCGUGAACGGUUUUUUGCUUAGCAUGACCCAAGACAUCAAUUGCUUAGCAAUUUCUUUAUUAAGCAAAUUUCAUGCGUAGAACCAGCAGUCUAGGCAAGAUCACAAGAUGGCUAGGACAGAAGUUUGGUGGGCCGUGGGCUGUGUACUGGCGAUGGCCCUGGCGGCGGUCGACGGCCUCCAGGGGGGCGGCAAAUGCAGCCCCCAAUGCGUAAACGGCUACUGCCACCCUGAGACAAGCAAGUGCGUUUGCACUACAAAAGGAAUAAUUGGAGACCAAUGCGACAAGUGUGACACUAUUAACCAUUACUCCGGAGACCCAACAAAUGGGUCUUGUUUUUAUGAUUUGACUAUUGACUACCAGUUCACCUUCAACCUUUCAAGAAAAGAAGACAGACACUAUUCCCAAAUCAACUUUAAAAUUAUUCCACCCAAGCCUGAUGUGGAUACCAAUUUUCAAAUCACUUGCUCCGUUCCCUCAAAAAUGAAAAUCACCGUUAGAACAGCAAAUGGACCAGAGAAAGAUGUUCUGGUAGCUCAGAACUGCUCGAAUUUCAGACAUCGCUUUUCCAAAUCGGAAUACCAAUUUGGUCUUGAAGACAACGCCACCCAGACUACAUUCUAUGUCUAUCUUUAUGGUUUCCAACCGCUUAUGUGGAUUCAGAUUGGUUUCGCCCAAUAUACCCCAGAGUCAAGAUUUUCAUCAGCUAAUUUUUUAAACUAUAUUCUUGGAAAAUUAAAUGACAACUUUUAAUCAAUUUAAGGUUUUUGUUUUCUACACUGCUAUAUAGUGCCAUACCGGUGCCAUAUUUUGUGAACUUUUCUUUCAAAAUAAAGAAUAAUAUAAAAAUUUCAAACAA